GUGGGCGGUUUCUACAAACAUUAUAAGAGUGAAAGCACGCUCCAGCUUCUGCAAUACAAGCGUAAAGAGACGUCUGCAUGUAAACAGACAGCCAAUAUCCUGCCCAUUUAUCCAAGGAGGCGCUGUAGGAUUUUACAACAAGUUGAGAAGAUCAUAGGAAUACCGUAGUCCCCAUAUCCAGUCUUGAAAAGGAAAUGCAUACAUCUUUGUCUGUGGCCGUUUAGAAACGUUCCCUUUAUUUGCUGCUGCGGUUAACCUUGCACCAUAUGGGACCUUUACUAACAGAUAUGCCGCUGGUGGCAUCCUUCGUCGACUCGCGAUCAGAAGGCAGCGGCACGUCUUUCUCCGGCGAGGACUGCCCAAGCCCAUCUGAAUCGGAGAGAGGAGGACAGAAAGGAGUGAGAGUGGACCGGAGAGGUAAAAGAAGAGUGAAGAACAGAGACGCUGCCAGGAAGAGCAGGAAAAAACAGACGGAGAGAGCAGACAUUCUCCACCAGGAGCUACAGACCGCGGAAAGUGCUAACUUAGCUCUAGCGAAGGAGAUUGCUGGUCUGAGAAGAGAGUUCCGGCUCUACACAGCCACGCUGGAGCAACAUGAACCUCUCUGCCCCCUCCGGCCCUCCUCUAGACCCGCCAAAGCCACCUGCUGCCAGAACCCGUCCCCCUCCGCGUCAUCUAUUGCCCCUGUGACUACCCCGGCACCCGCUGUGUCCCCUCAAACUACCCCGGCACCCGCUGUGUCCCCUCAAACUACCCCGGGCUCUCUUCUUACCCCAGUAACUGGAGGGCAGAGGGCUUGUUUACCUGCCCCUGCCUCUUUACCACUCUCCACUCUCGUCACUGUUCCUUCAACUGCCCAUGUGACUAACCCCUACCCUUUGCUUUCCACUCUAUAUUCCCCAAUAUCUAAUAUUGCCUCUCUGAUUGCCCCAAACAAUCUUUGUGGCUCUCUAAUUACCCCAAUAGCUAAUAUUUCCCCUCUAACUACCCCAAUAAAUAAUCUUGCCCAUCCAACAACCCCAAUAACUAAUCUUGCCCCUCCAACUAUCCCUGCCCCUACUCUGUCAUCCAACUCCUACCCUUUGACCCCGUACCCUCUGAACUUGUCUACCCCAGCCAUUGAACCCCCAAUAGAAUUUUCCCUCUCCGACAUCCUGGACAGUCCUGAUUGGCUCUGCGACCUUCCAUCACCCACCUGGGGCGAGUUCUAAUGGACCGAUCACACUGUUUGGCGAUUGGUUGAAAUCAGCCGAUGGUUAUCGCCUCUGACCACAGAACAUCACUACUGAUUUUCUGGCAAUUUCCUGACGAAUCUCCACGUUGAAUCUCCACUGUCCAUCGGCAGACAACCACCAGGUGAUCUACAGCCAACGUCUGUGAUGAUGUGUCUUUCGUGGGGUAAGAUUCCUGGCACCCUAUGAAAGACUAAUUUAGGUUUCUGUAGAGAAGAACAGAAAGACACUUAAAGUUUGUGGACUCUGGUGUUUGGUACAUGUAUAUACCAAGCACAUGUAAUGGUUGUUCACAUCUUGUGAGGAAUUCUGUAGCUGUUAUGUUGAUUUACUGUUUGUGUUUUUGAAUAACCGGCCCUGUUCAUUGGUCAUAACAGCCUAUUGGCCCUGUUCAUUGGUCAUACCAGCCUAUUGGCCCUGUUCAUUGGUCAUAACAGCCUAUUGGCCCUGUUCAUUGGUCAUAACAGCCUAUUGGCCCUGUUCAUUGGU